GCGACGAACAACCAGGAAGCGACUGGGUUGAGAGCUGUUCCCGGUUCUCCGUUCUGCUCUCGGGGGCACCUCCCGGGGUUCCUAAGCCGCGGCGCCCCUCGCUGCCCCUCGAGGCCGUUUCCCUGACCUAGGCUUUGGCCUGGGCCACUCGUUCUGGAGCCGUCAUGUCGUCCGACUUCGAAGGUUACGAGCAGGACUUCGCGGUGCUCACUGCAGAGAUCACUAGCAAGAUUGCGAGGGUCCCACGACUCCCGCCUGAUGAAAAGAAACAGAUGGUUGCAAAUGUGGAGAAACAGCUUGAAGAAGCAAAAGAACUGCUUGAACAGAUGGAUUUGGAAGUCCGAGAGAUACCACCCCAAAGUCGAGGGAUGUACAGCAACAGAAUGAGAAGCUACAAACAAGAAAUGGGAAAACUCGAAACAGAUUUUAAAAGGUCACGGAUCGCCUACAGUGACGAAGUACGGAAUGAGCUCCUGGGGGAUGAUGGGAAUUCCUCCGAGAACCAGUUGAUAAAAUUACGUGAAGAGAGGGCACAUCUGCUCGAUAACACAGAGAGGCUGGAAAGGUCAUCUCGGAGACUAGAGGCUGGAUACCAAAUAGCAGUGGAAACCGAGCAAAUUGGUCAGGAGAUGUUGGAAAACCUUAGUCAUGACAGAGAAAAGAUACAGCGAGCACGUGAAAGACUUCGGGAAACAGACGCUAAUUUGGGAAAAAGCUCCAGGAUUCUGACGGGGAUGUUGCGAAGAUGAGGAAACUGAGGCUUAGAAAAGUUCAGUAACUUGCUCAAACUCACACAACUCUCAAGUCUCAGAUCCAGGAUUACAGCAGCUCCAGUCUAUCAGCCUUAAGAGCACAGAUCUCCUUGUCUGACACCUGAUACCAGCUGGGUUCUCAUCAUGCAGUCAGCCUCCAAGAAUAUAAGUAAUUAUACGUAGUCAAAGAAAAAAAUCUGUUUAAAAUCAGGCUAUGCCUUUAUCAAUACAUUUCAUUUAAGCUAUCAAUGAUGUUUUCAGUUAAUAACUUAAGAAUCAAAUCUUUAUUUUAUAGUCUGGAAAAUGCUAUUCGAUCAAAAAACACUGACUGAAAAAUCCAGCAUUAUCUUAGCAGAUAACAUUCAAGUAAGUAAAAAAUUGGCCUACAUAACUCAUCUGGAAAUUAGUAUGAGCCAACCUUUUCAGUCUUCCAUGAUGUGCACUGUGUUCACGGUUCUCUUAGAAUUGUCAUCGGCGUUGCAGGUUAUAAGUUAUGUGCAUAAAAUUAAAAACAAAACCUACCCAUCACAUUUGAGCCCAAAUAUUUCCUCUUUUAAGUUGUACUCGUAACUUUGAAAUUGGGGUUAAACCACAGGCUUAUGUUUCUUAUAGCCAUUUUUUUUGAAAUAUUUGGGUUCAAUCAUACCUGGUAAUUUGGUGGGCAGUGAUGGGGUAGGCUUGAGAAUGUUCAAGAACAAAUUGCACCAUUAUCAUUCAGUUCUCCUUAAUCUUACCAAAAAAAAAAUAAAAAACCACUUAUUACUGAAUUUUAAUACCUUCUGAAUCUUCCAGCAAAAAGGAGGAAGAUAGCAUCUAAAAGAGUAAUCUAAACACUGAAAAAGGAGUGGGAGGAGAGAGAGAAUCCCAAGUAGUAAACCAUAUUGACCUACCAAUUAUGAUGAUUGUUUUUAAAAUCACAGAGUGUUGUGGAAAAAAAAUUGUCUUUAUGGUGCCAGGUUUGUGGAGUCCUCUUUGUUAAAACCUUAGUAGAUGAAGUUAUGAAAUUGAGACUAGUUUAUUCUGGAAGCUUCUUAGUGGGGGAUAAGAUGGCUGGAUGGACUGGGAGGACAGUAAACGGUGGAGGUGGAAACCUUAUUCAUAAAAAUACUGUUUUUCAUAUGUUAAAAAAAAAAGACAUCUCAUGGUUUUCAUCAAGAGCUGUAGUCAGUGAGCCUGUGUACUUCCUUUUCCCUGCCAGAUAGUUGUUCCUGGCUGGAAGACAUUUUAUGAUAUUUAUUUGAUGACACACACCUGCUGGGUGGAUGAAAAGCAACUGCUCCUGGGGAUGACCUACUUCAAGGGCGCAGUCAGCUUCUGAGGACGUCGGCAGGUUAUCCUGAAAUCAUUUGAGUUCAUCUUGAUAUCACCUGUUGAACAUAUCUAAGACUGGUGUAUUCGCAGACUCGUGGUAGGCACAGUUGCUAACCCCAGGGAAGAGAUUUUGGAGUCAGUAACUACUUUGUCAGUGUGUUGAGACUGGGAAGACAUGCUGCUUUACCAAACCCACUCUGAGCAUAUGGAGUGCUGUUCUUGGCACUCGGGAUGUGAAUCAGCCCAAGGACCUGCCAUCUGGGAGCGGACCCUGUAGAAGGGUAUCUAGUGGGAACAAAAGUAAGUAUGGUCCAGCACAGAAGGGAUGGAUCUAACGUAGAAGGCAUGGCGGAUGAGGAUCCGAGGUGAGGGGAAAGGGCCAUGAAAAAAAUUCUGACGAAGUGUUUGCCUGGGAGUUUCCAGGACAGAGACAGAUUUCCGGUUGAGAUCAGGGAAGAGCAAGGAAUAUUUGAAACGCAUGGAGACACUGUCACCAAUUCAUCCUUUGAAGCCGACAUGUCUUGGCAUGUUCAUUUCUAUUCUACAAACAUUUAUGGAACACAUGCUAUUGAGACAUGGCAGGCCUUAGGUAGUGAAGAUAAAAUAUAAAUAAUCCAUGUCUCUCUCCCAAUAUAUAUACUCUAGUGAGAAAACAUACCUAAACAAAUUUUAUUAUAAAUUUGAAUAUAACAUACCCAUAUGUGUACACAAGGAGUUCUUAGCCAAGUUGGAGUUCCUGAAGUUGGUGAUACCUGGCCUGAGCUUUGAAGAAUAAGUUUGUGUUAGCCAAUGAAGAGAGAACAGGGACAUGAAGGCAUUAAAACAAUAUGUUGUGCCCAGGAGCUACAGAUUGAGCAUCCCUAAUCUGAAAAUCCAAAAUUCACAAUGCCCCAAAAUCCAAGUUUUUGAGCCCCAAUAUGAUGCUCAAAAGGAAUACUCACUGGAGCUCUUUGGAUUUCUGAUUUUUGGAUUAGAGAUACUCAACUGGCAUGUUAUUUUGCAUAUAUUCCCAUAUCCAAAAAAAUUAAGAACUCAAAACACUUCUGUUCCCAAGCGUGUUGGAUAAGGGAUUCCCAACCCGUACAAACUGUUACGUUUUACUUGAGAAAAAAAAAGACAAGGCAGGAACCAGGGUUUGAGCCAGUGGGUACCUCAGAGGGGCUAUAGGUUCCCCACCACCCCAAGAGCCCCUUGCCAUAAAUGCUGCCAGGGCCACCCCAAGCAGACAUAUAGUCGGAGUAAGGGGACUGUGCUUGCUAUGUAAAUGCAGGUUCGUAACAAGUGCCCUUGCACCUCUGCUGCCCUAAGCUCCUCUGUAUGGAAAAUCUAGAGAUUCCACCGAAGGGACAUUGGCUCAGUGCUGAAAGUUGGAAGCUCUGAGUCAUGACGAAUUGGAAGCUUACAUGUUGAUUUACAAGGCGUCUUUGCCCAUUACAUUUAUUUACAUGUCUAGAGGUCAUGGCCUAAAAGGCUUGGCUCCAAAUAUGAUAUGCCCUUCGUAUUGUUUAUGAUAUGACUCUCCAUUCAGUUCUCUUUUUCUCUUCUCCUGAUUAUCUGUUGCUGAGUUGCAAAUCACCCCAGAAAUGCAGUGGCUUCAGCAGCAAUCUCAGGAUUUUGGCAGGUUUGGAAAAUCGGGGGUCGCUUGGCUGGGUGUUCUGGCUCAGGGUCUCUCGUGAGGUUUCUUUAGACAGAGAUCAGAGCUGGAACCAUGUAGGGGGACAGGAGCCUGGAGUAGCUGGGGACUGACUGGGCACCUCCCUCUUUCUGUCGUCAUUAGUCAAAAGGCCCUUCCAUGUGAUCUCCCUACGUGUGCUGGUGAGGGCAAUCUUACGGCAUGGCAGCCUCAGGCUUGGCAGCCCAGGGCACCUAAGGUGAGAGCUACAAAAGUGAGAGGCAAAAGCUGUGUGGCCUUUUCUAACCCAGUCUAAGAAGUCACACAGUGCCACAUUCUGUGCUGCGUUCUAGUCAGCAAGACAGUCGCAAGGGCUUGCCAAGGUUUAAGGGGAUGGGAUAGGACACAUACCCCACCCACUCUUUGAUGCAAGGGUGGCAGGUUGAGGAAGACCAGUGGGGCAGGAAAUAUUGUUGCAACCAGUUUUGGAAAAUACAAUCUGCCACAUCCCGGAAGAACAUUUUCAUCCGCUCACGUAAUCCUUUAAGUUACAUAAAAAUUAAUUUACUCAUUAUGGUGUCGCCCACAACCUUCCUUGGUCCCUUCCCACAGCAAAAUCCAAGGCUCAGUGCACACACACAAACCACAAAACUCCCGUUGUCUGAAUGAGGGUCAGUCACUCAAGUGUGUACUGUCCCCAUCAAGAUGACAACAUUUGAUAAGGAUAUAUCCUGUUGCCCCAUCUUCUAGGAAGCUGCACUUCCAUCCAUUGUUAAAGCCAAAUAUCGCUCAGAUCUUUCAUGGAGAGGCCCCUUUGAAACUAACCCCAGCAAACUAGAGACUCAGUGAAUGAUUUCAAAUCUCUGUUUGCUCUGCACCUGGGAGAUUGAUGGUACUCUCAUAACAAUUUGGUGAGUGGCACUUAGUGGAGUACUGAAUGUUCCAGAAAGUGAAAAAAAGAGAAAAUAAAAGAAAGGCCCAGACUUUGGGCUCAAGGAACUUUAAAAACUGAAGCAUUACCGUGUUCAUGGUAAGAAAUCUUCUGAUUUCAACAAUUGGUGUAAAUUUUACAUUUUUUAGUAAGCACUAUUUCAAGUGUGCUGUCCUUAAUGAGGACUUUAAUUCUUGUUUUUGCACAUAUGUAGAAAACAGAAGUUGAGUUCUUCAAACAUUUGUUAUCAAAAAUAUAUGAUAUAUAAGCACUGAAUUGGAAGAUUGUUUUCCCCCUUGGAUAAUCUAGAAAAGAAUAUAGCUCUAUUCUGAAAUCCCUUCCCGUUCAAGAGUUAUCCAAGCAAAUAGUGUUGACCAAGGUGUUGAAUGCACCAGUAAUAAUAAUGCUACCCUUUCAUAAAGCUAAGUAAUCAGGAAUAAUGCUGAAAAUAAGAAGACAGUCAUUUAUUUACUCUAUUUGGCAUUGUUAAUACUAAUAAUGUAUUUCAACACAGUAAAAUUGCUAGAUAAUGCUUUUGUGACUUUUAUGCAGGUUAUUGUUAUUUAAAUGAACAGUCGACUGCACUGUAAUGAAGAAAUGCAUGCUUUUCCCAACUCAGUUAUCAACCAGAAUUCUAGGAAAAUGAGAAUUUGUGUCUGCUUUCAUUCACAGAGCAAACUGGAGGUCACUGUUUUCAAUAUGAACCUUUUUUUAGCUUUUCAACAGUGAAUAAUUAGGAGCUGCUGCUUCUGAAAUUACCUGUAUUCACUGUAGAGAAGGAAAGACUUUUAUCUUUCACGAUGAAAUACAUUUUCUCAUUCAAACUUUGUCAUUCUUUUUUUAAAUGGCAUUUUACACCACUGAGUCGAUCUUCGGUAGUAAAAUAAAAGAAAUAUAUUUUGUGAGCUGCAAUAGCCUUGUUUAUUCAAUUUUACUUCCUUAAAUUUCAUCUCCUCCUUGAAAAAUGAUCCAAAUGCAAAAAUGAGUUUAAAGCAGUUGAAUGUACAAAGCAAUUAUCUGCAUGAAAUGCUAUUAUACAAACAUACAUGUUCCUUGCACUUUGAUUAAAUGGAAUUGAUUCUUGAUCCUUA